AUGCCUUCUUCAGCAGCACCAGCAACGAGCUCCCGCGGCCGCGGCGGCAAGUUCAAGAAGUAUACUCGUGGAGGCGGUCGACACUUCUCUCGCGAUCUCCAGCCCGCCGAUGCCGAAGGUAACAAGGUCAGCAUGUGGAGCGCAGACGCCCGUCACAGCGACGAAGACGAGGAAGAGUCUUCAGAAGAGGAGUCCUCUGACGACGACACUGGCGCGGCCGCUUCCAACGCUGAGGCCAGCCGUGAAGAUCGCAAAGCACAGAAAAAAGCCAAGAAGCUGGCUGCGAUAGCCAAGUCUCAGGGCCGCUCCGUGGAGGUUGGCGACAUGCCCUCGAGCGACGAGGAGAGCGAGGACGACGACAUGCCCGCCAACCCCAACCACUCCAAGGCCGCUCGCAAGCAGACGGACGCCAGCAAUGGUGUCGAAGAAAUCACUGAGGGCGUCGCCAAGAUCAACGCCCCUGGCAACCGAAAGGAGCGCGAGGCCUUGGAGGCCCAGGCCGCCAAAGAGCGCUACCUGAAGCUCCAGGCCGAGGGCAAGACUGACCAGGCCAAGGCUGAUUUGGCCCGUCUCAAGCUCAUCCGUGAGCAGCGUGCGGCCGAAGCCGAGCGUCGACAGGCCGAGAAGGAGGAAAAGGAUGCCCAAGAUAAGGCCCGCAAGGCCGAGAUUGAGGCACGAGAGAAGAAGCUGCGCGAAGCUGCUGCUGCUGCCCCUAAGAAGGGCAAGAAGAAAUAA